AUGUCUAUUACGGAAGAACCAAAUCGUUCAUUGCUUGAAGUGGAAGUAGGAGCUAACAGAGGGAACGAUAGGAUAAGCUUAUUACAUGACACCUUGCUAUGUCAUAUCCUUAGCUUUAGAACGAGGAAGGAAGUUGUUUGGACAAGUGUCCUGUCUUCUAGAUGGAGAGAUAUUUGGAAAUGGGUUCCUAGAUUAGAACUAGAUAGCUUCGAUUUCCCAAAUAACAAAGCGUGUGUUUAUUUCAUCAACAAGUUUCUGUGA